GCGAUUGGCUGGCGGCGGGGUAGGCGGGGAGCGGCGGGGCCGCGGCUGGCUGCAGCGGCGGGCGCGGAGCCCAGAGCGGGCGCGGCGGAGCAUCCUCGGGCACCGUGGCCCCGGUGCGGGCCGCCUCCCCCGCAGCCCCCGGCCUCCUAUGGGCGGUGCCGGCGCCCCGGCCCCCGCACGCCUGUCCCGCUCGUCGUUAGCAUGGGCACGGUGCUCUCCCUCUCCCCCGCCGCCUCCUCGGGCAAGGGCGGCGGCGGCGGCGGGGGGCUGCUGGCCGACAAGGCGCCGGGAAGAGUGCCGGGCAAGGGCGAGAGCCGGCUGAAGCGCCCCAGCGUGCUCAUCUCGGCGCUCACUUGGAAGCGGCUGGUGGCCGCCUCGGCCAAGAAGAAGAAGAGCACCAAGAAGGUGACGCCGAAGCCCGGCGGCGGGGCCCCGGGGGGCGGCCCGGGCCAGCCCGACCCGCUGGUGGUGCAGCGCAAUCGCGAGAACUUGCGCAAGUCGGUGGUGGGGCCGGCCGACGGCGCCAAGCAGGGCCCGCUGGCCGUGCCGGUGCCCACCGUGCCCUCGGCGCCGCAGGAGCUGCACCCGGGCUCCGGCGGGGGCAAGCCGCCGCCGCCACCGCCGCCGGCCGGCAGCCGCGCCCCGGGGUCCCCGCGCCGCGUGGUAGUGCAGGCGUCCACCGGUGAGCUGCUGCGCUGCUUGGGGGACUUCGUGUGCCGCCGCUGCUACCGGCUGAAGGAGCUGAGCCCCGGCGAGCUCAUCUCCUGGUUUCGCAGCGUGGACCGCUCGCUGCUGCUGCAGGGCUGGCAGGACCAGGGCUUCAUCACCCCGGCCAACCUGGUGUUCGUCUACCUGCUGUGCCGGGAAGCGCUGCGGGGUGAAGACAUCGGGAGCCAGGCCGAGCUGCAGGCCGCCUUCCUCACCUGCCUCUAUCUCGCCUACUCCUACAUGGGCAACGAGAUCUCCUACCCGCUCAAGCCCUUCCUGGUGGAGGGCGACAAGGGGCGCUUCUGGGAGCGCUGUCUGGGCAUCAUCCAGCGCCUCAGCGCCAAGAUGCUACGAAUCAACGCGGACCCGCACUACUUCACGCAACUCUUCCAGGACCUCAAGAGCGAGGGCGAGGGCGGAGACGGGUCCAAGCACUGGACGAUCAGCCUGGACCGCUAGGGAGGUACCAGGCCCCCGGCGCCGGGGGCGGAAAGGGCCGCGCACCGAGGGGCGGGGGAGGCGAAGAACUGCCGGAUCCCCCCACCCCCCCCACCCCCGCAUCCUCCUCGCCUUCCCCCCACCCCUCCCCGGCCGCCAGCUCCACGGAGACGCUGUCUUGGACCCUCCCUGCUUCGGAUCCGGCCGCUCUCCCCCCCCGCUUCUGAUCCCAGCUGGGGGCUGCGCUUUGGGAUACCGAGACGGCGGCGAAGACUGGGGGCAUCCCUACCCCCUCCUACCCACCAAGCAAGAGGAGGAGAGGACACCCCUGCACCUUGGGACAUGGAUAGGAGUGCUCAGAGGUCAACACAGACUGCAAUGGGUCUGUAUCCAGGGUCCCCACAUCCCUCCUGCCCUCAUUCAUACCCCACUGAAGAUGAAUACCUGCUCAUUUGCUUUGGUGUGAGGAUCUGGCCUGAUUCUUUCAUCUGCAACCCCAAGAAGGAAGGAUCUAGACAGUACCCAGAUCUAUCCCAGCACCAAUAUUCCUCACUGCCGCCUCUGCUUGGAACUGGACUGGUGUCACAGCCCCUGCCUGUCUCUAGGGAACUGUGCCCUGCAAGGAUAUCUCCGUGGUUAGCAGAAGUCAGGGUGCAACACUGCUCUGACCUGCACCCCUGGCAGCCACAGGCAGGUAUGGGGUAAGGGGAGGCCAGGACAGGGGAGGACCUGCUCUGGCUUUGAAUCAGCACCGAUAUUCUUUAUUUCCAGAGGAAUAUCGUCCUCUCUGAGCCAUGGCCAUUGCACCCACAGAUUGCACUGAAGAGCACCCUUGGUGAAUGCCCAAGAUGCCCCUGUGCCAGGCUGCGCACACACAGGAGUGUGGCACACCUUGUCAUGCACGUGGUGAGGCACAAGGACAGGCUCCACUGGGUCUGGCCAGAGGUCAUGAGAGGAGAGUGUCCCUGGACCUUAGGGUGAUGAGCAAUCCUAUCUCUGGGACCCAGCCACCCUGAAGAGCAGCCCUGCACUUACCUAGACCCCAUCUCCCACACUCCCUCCCAAGCAGCACGCUCUGCGCAUCGCUGCUUCUGAUCCCAGCCCUGGCAACACAGGCUCUUCUCACAGCAGGGGAAGCGUCUUCCCGUUUCAUCCUUGUCCUUGUGCUUUUCUGCCACUAUUUUGUCUAAAGAUGCUUGGAUCCUGUAUAGAGGUUUAGCACCCACAACCCCUGCAGCAGGCAGUCCCACAGCUCAGCUACGUUUCCCACAAAGAACCACCUUGUCCUGCUUGCUUUGAAUCCACUGAUUUUAUUUGCUGCACCCAAUUCUUGCUCUGGAAAAAGCAGGGAACACCCGUUCCCCAUUCCACCAAACCCUGCUCAGAAAUCCUGAUCCAGGCAGACAAGCCCAGGUCCUUCCAAGGUAUUGUCUUCCCAAAUUCCCCAUCCUGGGACUGAGGUGGGGGAUCUCUCCUCCUUAGGGUACAUCUGCAGCCCUUGCCUCUUCAUCCCCAUAGACCCCACUAUGGGGUCUUGCUAUCCCUCACACCAUGCAAGGAGGGCAGGGAGGUGUUGGGGGUGCAGCUGGGUGGGGCAGCAAGGCUCAAUCCUGCCUGCUGCAGGGUGCUAUGCUGCAGCACCUGGCAGCUCCCUGAAGAAACCCCUCCAGGGACCCCCAAAGGUCCUUCUCACUGCAGCGCAGUGAGGGGAGUACAGCUGGGCAGAGUCCACAGUGCAGAGGCAAAAGGGCUGCCCCUGCAGUCACAGCUUUGCCUCUUUUCCUGCUCACCCCCUGGUCCCUGUCUCCUUGCCAGACAGGCAGGCUACGUGGCCCAAACAUCACAGCUCCGGCCCCGCGGCUGCCCAGUGCCCAGUCUGCUGCACCCCUCAGCAGGCUCCAGGCUGCUCCCUGGCCAGCCCUUGGCUGAUCCCCGAGACCCCUGGAUGGUUUGCACCAGACGGAUGGCUCUGGCUCCCAGGGAUCCAUCAUCUCCCAGCCGACCCAUGCCCUGCCGGAGCCCCAGCCCUUCACCGGCAGCUCCUUCCAGGUGGUAUGGCACCUCAUUGUCCCGCUCGCAGGAUCGGGUCCCCCGAGCCCGGAUUAGCUCCCCCAGCUCCCGGGCUGGCUGGCAGCUCCCUCCCCAUCGGAUGUCCCUGGAGCACCGGCAGGACCCGAGCUGGCACCCCACACCUGCCCCGCUGCGGGGCUCCGGUGGGAGGGCCUGGGGUGCUGGGCACCCCGCUCCUCUCCGCUGCAACGGGACGGCGGCUCCCACCGUCGGGGCUCGGCUGCUUUCCCCGUGGGCUUUGGCGGCGGGAUGCCCCCAGCCCCAGCCGCCCGCAGCAGCAGGGAGCGGGGCUCCGCAGCCGCCGUGUCCUGCGUGGACAGUGCCCGCGACGCGGACCGGAGCGGGUCCCCGAUGGCUGCGGGGCCGGGGAGGGUGGGGGCGCCCCGCGGAGCUCCCGCUGCGUGCGGAACGGGGGGAGCGGGGCCGGUCCAGGGGAAGGGGCAGCGGUGCUCUUACCUUUCUGCACUCCGGGGCUGAGAGACCCCCACGCCUGGCUCUUCCCGUCUUUGAACAAAGUUUCCCCGACUGGAUCUGGGGGAAAAAAAGGGGCGCGGGUGGGGGUGGAGGGGGGGGCUGGAGCCAGGCGGG